UAACUAAAAGAUCUUAUUUUCCGUCUGGUCGCUCACAUAGAAAAUCGGAAUCACAGCAAUGGCGACGACGCAGCCAUUGAUCGUCGCAGCGAAGACGCUCCGAAACCGGAUCCUUUUCCGAUCAGGGUCCACAUCUGCCGGUCCAAGCCGGUGGGCGACGCCAGGUCACGAGGAGCGUCCCAAAGGAUUUUUCAUGAACCGGACUCCGCCGCCUCCGGGACAGUCGCGCAAAUGGGAAGAUUGGGAGCUUCCUUGUUACAUCACAAGCUUCCUCACGAUUGUUAUCCUCGGUGUCGGUCUCAAUGCCAAACCUGAUCUUUCAAUCGAGACCUGGGCUCAUCAGAAAGCUCUCGAGCGCCUCGAAAUGGAGAAACUCGCGUCUGCGGGAGAUUCGUCCGAUUAGUCCCUGAUCUUGGGAUAGUGGAGAUGAUUCUAUGGUUGAUCUGGUAUGUGUGUUUAGUUUCUUUUCAGGGGAUUUUGAGGAGUUUUUUUUUCCCGUUUUAUGAUGAUCACAGAUACUAGUGACCUAAAGUUUCGUUUUUGUUUCCCCUCCUCUUCCUGUUUAAUGUUUAGUGUCGAUAAAUGUUUGAUGAAAUAAGCGAUCUUUAACUCUUGACGAUGGUUAUAUGUAACUCAAAUUACUUUUUGAUGAUGUUUCAAAGUACUUGCCUCCAAUC